UGUCGUCCCUCGGCUCCGGGACUGGCCACAGGUUUCCGCUUGCCUCCGGCCGGGGGUCUGCCAAUGCAAGCGUCAGUUUCCCGCAAGAUGGCGGACGAGGAGGCCGGGGCAACGGAGAGGAUGGAAGUCAGCCCGGACUUGCUCCAGACCCCACAGCAACUGGCAUCUUGGUGGGAUCAGCAGGUUGACUUUGAUACUGCUUUCUUGCACCAUUUGGCCCAAUUGGUGCCCGAAAUUUAUUUGGCUGAAAUGGACCCAGACUUGGAAAAGCAGGAGGAAAGUAUACAAACGUCAAUAUUCACUCCACUGGAAUGGUAUUUAUUUGGAGAAGAUCCAGAUAUUUGUUUAGAGAAAUUAAAACAUAGUGGAGCAUUUCAACUCUGUGGUAAGGUUUUCAAAAGUGGAGAAACAACAUAUUCUUGUAGAGAUUGUGCAAUUGAUCCAACAUGUGUACUCUGUAUGGACUGCUUCCAGAAUAGUGUUCAUAAAAAUCAUCGUUACAAGAUGCACACUUCUAGUGGAGGAGGGUUUUGUGACUGUGGAGACACAGAGGCCUGGAAAACUGGGCCUUUUUGUGUAAGUCAUGAACCGGGAGCAGCAGGUACUACAAAAGAGAACUUACGUUGUCCAUUGAAUGAAGAGGUAAUUGCCCAAGCCAGGAAGCUGUUCCCUUCAGUUAUAAAAUACAUUGUAGAAAUGACUAUAUGGGAAGAGGAAAAAGAACUGCCUUCUGAACUCCAGAUAAGGGAGAAAAAUGAAAGGUACUAUUGUGUCCUUUUUAAUGAUGAACACCAUUCAUAUGACCAUGUCAUAUACAGUCUACAAAGAGCUCUUGACUGUGAACUUGCAGAGGCCCAGUUGCACACCACUGCCAUAGACAAAGAGGGUCGACGGGCUGUUAAAGCAGGUACUUUUGCUGCUUGCCACGAAGCAAAGGAAGAUAUAAAGAGUCAUUCAGAAAAUGUCUCUCAGCAUCCUCUUCAUGUAGAAGUAUUACACUCUGAGGUUAUGGCUCAUCAGAAAUUUGCUCUACGUCUUGGCUCCUGGAUGAACAAAAUUAUGAGCUAUUCAAGUGAUUUUAGACAGAUCUUUUGCCAAGCAUGCCUUAGAGAAGAACCCAGCUCUGAGAAUCCCUGUCUCAUAAGCAGGUUAAUGCUUUGGGAUGCAAAGCUUUAUAAAGGUGCCCGUAAGAUCCUUCACGAAUUGAUCUUCAGCAGUUUUUUUAUGGAGAUGGAAUACAAAAAAUUCUUUGCUAUGGAAUUUGUAAAGUAUUAUAAACAGCUGCAGAAAGAGUAUAUCAGUGAUGAUCAUGACAGAAGUAUCUCUGUAACUGCACUUUCAGUGCAGAUGUUUACUGUUCCUACUCUGGCUCGACAUCUUAUUGAAGAGCAGAAUGUUAUUUCUGUCAUUACUGAAACUCUACUAGAAGUUUUGCCUGAGUACUUGGAUAGGAACAACAAAUUCAACUUCCAGGGUUAUAGCCAGGACAAACUGGGAAGAGUGUAUGCUGUAAUAUGUGAUCUAAAGUAUAUUUUAAUCAGCAAGCCCACAGUAUGGACAGAAAGAUUAAGAAUGCAAUUCCUUAAAGGUUUUCAAUCUUUUCUGAAGAUUCUCACCUGUAUGCAGGGAAUGGAAGAAAUCAGAAGACAGGUUGGACAACACAUAGAAGUGGAUCCUGACUGGGAGGCUGCCAUUGCUAUACAGAUGCAAUUGAAGAAUAUUUUACUCAUGUUCCAAGAGUGGUGUGCUUGUGAUGAAGAACUCUUACUAGUGGCUUAUAAAGAAUGUCACAAAGCUGUGAUGAGGUGUAGUACAAGUUUUAUGUCUAGUAGCAAGACAGUAGUACAAUUGUGUGGUCAUACUUUGGAAACUAAGUCCUACAGAGUAUCUGAAGAUCUUAUCAGCAUACAUCUUCCACUCUCUAGGACUCUUGCUGGUCUUCACGUGCAUUUGAGCAGGCUGGGUGCUGUUGCAAGACUGCAUGAAUUUGUGCCUUUUGAGGACUUUCAAGUAGAAGUUUUAGUGGAAUAUCCUUUGCGUUGUCUGGUACUGGUUGCCCAGGUUGUUGCUGAGAUGUGGCGAAGAAAUGGGCUCUCUCUCAUUAGCCAGGUAUAUUAUUACCAAGAUGUUAAGUGCAGAGAAGAAAUGUAUGAUAAAGAUAUAAUCAUGCUUCAGAUUGGUGCGUCUUUAAUGGAUCCCAACAAGUUCUUAUUACUGGUGCUUCAGAGGUAUGAACUUGCUCAUGCUUUUAACAAGACCAUAUCCACAAAAGACCAGGAUUUGAUUACACAGUAUAAUACUUUAAUAGAAGAAAUGCUUCAAGUCCUCAUCUAUAUUGUGGGAGAGCGUUACGUACCUGGAGUGGGGAAUGUGACCAAAGAAGAGGUCACAAUGAGAGAAAUUAUUCACUUGCUUUGUAUUGGACCCAUGCCACACAGUGCCAUUGCCAAAUAUUUACCAGAGAAUGAAAAUAAUGAAACUGGCUUAGAGAAUGUCAUAAACAAAGUGGCCACAUUUAAGAAACCAGGUGUGUCAGGCCAUGGAGUUUAUGAACUGAAAGAUGAAUCAUUGAAAGACUUCAAUAUGUACUUUUAUCAUUACUCCAAAUCACAGCAUAGCAAGGCUGAACAUAUACAGAAGAAAAAGAGAAAACAAGAAAACAAAGAUGAAGCAUUGCCACCACCACCACCUCCUGAAUUCUGCCCUGCUUUCAGCAAAGUGGUUAACCUUCUAGAUUGUGAUAUCAUGAUGUACAUUCUCAGGACCAUAUUUGAGCGGGCAUUAGACAAAGAUUCUAACUUGUGGACUGAACGGAUGCUCCAGAUGGCAUUUCAUAUUCUGGCAUUGGGCUUACUAGAAGAAAAACAACAGCUUCAAAAAGCCCCUGAAGAAGAAGUGACAUUUGACUUUUACCAUAAGGCUUCAAGAUUAGGAAGUUCAGCCAUGAAUGCUCAGAACAUACAAAUGCUUUUGGAAAAACUCAAAGGAAUUCCCCAGUUAGAAGGCCAGAAGGACAUGAUAACAUGGAUACUCCAGAUGUUUGACACAGUGAAGCGAUUAAGAGAAAAAUCUUGCUUAAUUGUAGCAGCUUCAUCAGGAUCAGAAUCUAUUAAGAAUGAUGAGAUUAUUCAUGAUAAGGAAAAAGCAGAACGAAAAAGAAAAGCUGAAGCUGCUAGGCUGCAUCGCCAGAAGAUUAUGGCUCAGAUGUCUGCCUUACAGAAAAACUUCAUUGAAACUCACAAACUCAUGUAUGAUAAUAGUGUAUCAGAAAUGUCUGGGAAAGAAGACUCCAUUAUGGAGGAAGAGAGCACCCCAGCAGUCAGUGACUACUCUAGAAUUGCUUUGGGUCCUAAACGGGGUCCGUCUGUUACUGAAAAGGAGGUGCUGACAUGCAUCCUCUGCCAAGAAGAACAAGAGGUGAAAAUAGAAAAUAAUGCCAUGGUAUUAUCGGCCUGUGUCCAGAAAUCCACCGCCUUAACCCAGCACAGGGGAAAACCCAUAGAAUUCUCAGGGGAAUCCCUAGACCCACUUUUCAUGGAUCCAGAUUUGGCAUAUGGAACUUACACAGGAAGCUGUGGUCACGUAAUGCAUGCAGUGUGCUGGCAGAAGUAUUUUGAAGCCGUACAGCUGAGCUUUCAGCAGCGUAUUCAUGUUGACCUUUUUGACUUAGAAAGUGGAGAAUACCUUUGCCCUCUCUGCAAGUCUUUGUGCAAUACUGUGAUCCCCAUUAUUCCUUUGCAACCUCAAACGAUAAACAGUGAGAAUGCAGAAGCUCUUGCUCAACUUUUGACCCUGGCACGAUGGAUACCAACUGUUUUGGCCAGAAUAUCAGGUUAUAAUAUAAAACAUGCUAAAGGAGAAAACCCAGCAAUUCCAGUCCUAUUUGAUCAAGGAAUGGGUGAUUCCACUUUUGAGUUCCAUUCCAUCCUGAGUUAUGGAGUUGAGUCUUCGAUAAAAUAUUCUAAUAGCAUUAAGGAAAUGGUCAUUCUCUUUGCCACAACAAUUUAUAGAAUUGGACUGAAAGUGCCUCCUGAUGAAAUGGACCCUCGAAUCCCCACGAUGACCUGGAGCACAUGUGCUUUCACUAUUCAAGCAAUUGAAAACCUCUUGGGAGAUGAAGGAAAACCUCUGUUUGGAGCACUUCAAAAUAGACAGCAUAAUGGUCUGAAAGCAUUAAUGCAGUUUGCCAUUGCACAGAGGAGCACCUGUCCUCAAGUCCUGAUACAGAAACAUCUGAUUCGUCUCCUAUCAGUUGUUCUUCCUAACCUAAAAUCAGAAGAUACACCUUGCCUUUUAUCUAUAGAUCUAUUUCAUGUAUUGGUCGGUGCUGUGUUAGCAUUCCCAUCCUUGUAUUGGGAUGACACUGUUGAUCUGCAGCCUUCAUCAGUUAGUUCUUCCUAUAACCACCUUUAUCUCUUCCAUUUGAUUACCAUGGCACAUAUGCUUCAGAUACUUCUUACCAUAGACACAGGCCUCCCCCUUGUUCAGGUUCAAGAAGAUAGUGAAGAGGCUCGUUCUGCAUCUUCGUUUUUGGCAGAAGUUUCUCAGUAUAUAAGUGGCUGCAUUGGAUGUGAUAUUCCUGGCUGGUAUUUGUGGGUCUCACUGAAGAAUGGCAUCACCCCUUAUCUUCGUUGUGCUGCAUUGUUUUUCCACUAUUUACUUGGAGUAACUCCACCUGAAGACCUGUUUACCAAUUCUGCAGAAGGAGAGUAUAGUGUACUCUGUAGCUAUCUAUCUUUACCCACAAAUUUAUUCCUACUUUUCCAGGAAUAUUGGCAUACCGUAAAGCCCCUCCUCCAGAGGUGGUGUGCGGAUCCUGCCUUACUAAACUGUUUGAAGCAAAACAGCGCUGUAGUCAGGUACCCUAGAAAAAGAAAUAGAUUAAUAGAGCUUCCUGAUGACUAUAGCUGCCUCCUAAAUCAAGCUUCUCAUUUCAGAUGCCCACGGUCCACAGAUGAUGAGCGGAAGAACCCCGUUCUUUGCCUUUUCUGCGGGGCCAUACUGUGUUCUCAGAACAUUUGCUGCCAAGAAACCGUGAAUGGGGAAGAGGUUGGAGCUUGCAUUUUUCAUGCACUUCACUGUGGAGCUGGAGUCUGCAUUUUCCUGAAGAUCAGAGAAUGCAGAGUGGUCCUAGUUGAAGGGAAAGCCAGAGGCUGUGCCUAUCCAGCUCCUUACUUGGAUGAAUAUGGAGAAACAGAUCCUGGCCUGAAGAGGGGCAACCCCCUUCGUUUAUCUCAUGAGAGGUAUCGGAAGCUCCAUUUGGUGUGGCAACAACACUGCAUAAUAGAAGAGAUUGCUAGGAGCCAGGAAACUAAUCAGAUGUUGUUUGGAUUCAACUGGCAGUCAUUAUGAGCACCAGCUCUGCCUCGGGACAAUCACGAAUGAAGACUAUGUUGAAGACUGAUUCAAAAUUAUGGAGACCUUUCUGAGGGCUGGGGAAGGGUUGGAGGGUCUUUUGCUCCUUGUCCAGUAAGUUGUUUAUAUUGAUAUAUCAAUAAAAUAUUCCUUAAUGGAGUAUUGCUUUCAAUUAGUGAACAUAUCCUUAAAAGGAAAAAAGAAGAUAGACUAAUUUGUUUUAUGUUUUAGAACACUAAAGGAAUGCUUCUUUACCCCAAAUGUCUGAUUCUGCUAAUAUAUGAAGAAAACCCAUUUCCCUUCCUAAUCUUUCCCAUUUCAUUUCAUCUCCCUGAUCAUUGAAGUUACAUCAAGCCGUUUUGAACAUUUUUAUGUGUUAAUUGGAUCACCAAUAAAAUUCUAGUAAUUUGUGAUUUACUUCCUAUGAGGUAAGAGAAAUUGCAGAAACCAUGCAGUAUACUUUGAGAAAGUUCUGUAGCUCAGAAAAUUUUCAAAAAAGUACAUUUUUAAUCAUUUUUCUUUUAAAAAAAUACCCCUAAUGUACCACUUAUUAUUUCAGUCAGAAAUUAAAUCAAAUCUCUAUAUGGACAGAGUUGUCAUUUCUAAGGUAAAUUUUUGCCAGCAAAGAAAAGCUUUUUCCCCCGCUGUAGACCUCAGUAAGCGUUAGGAUAGUGCAUUCAUUAUUCAUUCCUCAUGAGACAGAGUCUACCUAUGAUCCUCACCUCUGACCUCAAAUAGCUUUGUGGGGUUUUGAAAUUACACUUUCCAUUUUCCAAAGGCAAGUUUCCAAAAUGAGUUCACUUGUCUCUUGAUGUGGUAUCAUCAUAUUUGAUUCUUAGAAACCUGAUGCAGUUCUGAUGUAAACUAUCUACAAAACAAAGAAAAUUCCCUCAGUGAAUAAAGCAUGACUGCUAUAAAUUAGAACAAUCAGAUUUAAGCCUAUUCUGCAACCUCCUGUCUUUGUACAAGACUGAUUUCUUCGUUUGUUAUCUGUGUGUACCUUUUCAUGAACUCCGGUUGUUAUGACUAAUACAAACAACCAGAAAAGCCAUGUGAUCCAUAGUCUGUGUCCUGCUGUAACGUGCUGUGGUUGAGCCAUUUUGUUUAUAAAUAAUCAGACUCUCCAAAAUCUGUUCAGUCUUCAACUUUUAUCAAGAACGUGUGUUAUAAAACAGCAGACAGAAGAUAAAUUGAAAUCUUCCAUUUUAGCUCCUGUUAUCUCUGGGGUAAUGAUAGGGGUUUGAAAGAUACAAAGACCAUCUUACUUUGCCUUUGGUGAUUACUGUCAUGUGUGUGUAAACGUUUCCAUGCCUCCUUCUUGCUCAGCAAAGGCAAGCAAAUAAAAAUAUGUUUGUGAAGUGACUGAUGAUGCACAUUUGGGGUUAGUUUUUUUUUUUUUUUCCUAUUACUACAUAAAGUAAAAAAGGUGGAUUUUGCAGUAAGGGAUUGAAUCACAGAAUCAUAGUCAUGAUUGAAUCACAGUCAUGAUUUUCUACUUGAAUAAUUAUUGAGACGGUAUCGGGAAAUAGAUUCAACUGCACUGAACAAUUUGUAACAAGUGCUGGGUGAGGAUCAGGAAAUUCAGUAUUCAGUUUGCCAAAUUUGCCAAUAUGAUUAAGUGAUUAGAACAUUUUUCUUUAUUUCUUAAAUAAUUUUGUUGGAUGGAUUGGCUGACUAGAAAGCCUGAGCCAGAGUAGGCAACAGAAGACUCUGACUUCUGCCCUAAUUGAUUGCCCCCAGUUUAGCAAAGAGAAACUGACUUUUUAUUUCUAGUCUUUUUCUACUCACUUCAUAAAUUCUGGGGUUAAGCUCUCAAACUGCCAGGGGGACUAUCCUGCAAUGGCCAGUCAGACCUUUACUGCCAAAGAACCUAUUUCAUACUGAGUUCUGCUUGUUGAGACUGAUGCAGAUCUCUGCACUGUGGAUGAGUGUGUGUCUCUGUGCUGCCCCAGCCCAAGGGAUUUCCAAGUAUCCUCAAAUACCCUAGUGGUCUGCUUGCAUCACUGGAAGCAGUUUAAUUAUGCUUAUGAAGUUUACUGACAGUGAGCCAAAAGUCACUUUACUUACCUUAAGGUAGAAUGUGGAGGAACUAGUUCAACAGGAUGGCUCCAAAACUGUGUUGUAUUUUUUAAUGUCUGAUAAGGGGCUGGCAGGACUUUUUAUGAUAGGGUGAAUAAAAACAUAUCUGUAUAGAUAAAUUAUUAUGUUGGUAUAUGGGCUGUGAGUUCACUGUUUAGUGGUCAUUUGUCAUUUCAUAACAACUAUGCAUUUGGUUCACUGUGAUGAUGAUCUGUAUUUAGUGACUGCAACAUGUUUAUACCACUGAUUCAAAUUCCAUCCAUGAUGAAGUUAUACAAAUAAUGCAUAUAUUGAUAUCUUUUAUUGCAGAAUGUAAAUUUUAAACUUGUAUAAUGUUCUUGUGCUUUUUGAAAUA